AUGGCUGCAGCUCCCCCAAGCUACUGUUUUGUAGCCUUUCCCCCGUGUUCUAAAGAGGGGCUGGUGGUGUUUGGAAAGAACUCUGCACGACCCAGGGAUGAAGUACAGGAGGUGGUCUACUUUGCUGCCGCAGCUCACGAUCCAGGAAGCAAAGUUGAGUGCACGUAUAUUGAGAUUGAGCAGGUGCCGAAGACUCAUGCUGUUGUGCUGAGCAGGCCCUCCUGGCUUUGGGGGGCAGAAAUGGGAGCUAACGAGCAUGGAGUCUGUGUAGCUAAUGAAGCCAUUGUGACCAGAGAACCAGCUUCUGAAUCUGAAGCCUUGCUUGGAAUGGACCUUGUCAGACUGGGCUUAGAAAGAGGUGCAACAGCUAAAGAAGCACUGGAUGUAAUAGUUGCUCUGUUGGAAGAGCAUGGACAAGGUGGAAAUUACUAUGAAGAUGGGAGUUCAUGCCAUACUUUCCAAAGUGCAUUUUUGAUUGUAGACAGAAAUGAAGCCUGGAUACUGGAGACUUCUGGAAAGUACUGGGCAGCAGAAAAAGUCACAGGUCAGUUUAUCGUUCACAGCAAAGCUCUCAUUAUAAAAGCUGUAAGAGAAUUGUUUUGGAAAGCUGUAAAGACUUGCCUUAGAAGAAUUGGUCUUAAAGUCACUGAGUUUAAAUGAGCGAGUAAUUUUUGCCAGUGUU